AAAGAAUUGCAUUUGGACGAUUCGAACGACUAUAGUGCUGAGGCUAGCACUCUAGAAAAGCUUAGCAGACUUGAACAUCAGCACUUGAUCAGGUGCCUUGCGACAUAUCAACAAGGUGGAAAGUAUUGCUUUCUUUUCGAAUGGGCUGAAGGGGGAAACCUUCGCCAAUUCUGGGCGAAUCGAGAUGGUCUAACGCGAAAUAUCGACCUCGUUGGAUGGGCAUUUUUACAGAUGAAAGGUCUAGUCGAUGGUCUAAAUUUCCUUCACAACUUCAGUAGCCGAGAGAACUGUCGGCAUGGAGAUCUCAAGCCUGAGAACAUUCUCCGGUUUCUGGAUGCAGAUGCCUCUGGGCUUGGCCGGCUGGUCAUGUCUGAUCUCGGGUCUGCUACCUUCCACGCUGAAGCAACCCGGUCUAGAGGGCGUGGUACUGGUGCAGGAUACGGCACUAUCAGGUAUGAGCCUCCAGAGGCACGGACUGAGAAGAUGAAGCCGAGAUCACGUCGAUACGAUGUGUGGUCCAUGGGCUGCAUCUUCUUAGAGUUUUUGAUUUGGUUGAUGUACAGCUGGGACGAUCUUGACUGGUUCAAUCAGGAAGUGGACCGAUAUUGGCUAGACGAUGGCUCCGGCGCUCGUGUGCAUCCUGGCGUUACGAAAUGCAUCGAGCAAAUGCAGAGCGACCCCCGGUGCCAGGGAGAUACUGCUCUUGCUGAUCUCUUAGAGGCAAUCAAGCGUCGACUUCUGGUA